AUGGGACCAGACGCUUCCAAGUUUGCAAUGCUUCUUCCCACAUCGUUUAGUAUUAUUGCACAUAUCGAUCACGGCAAGUCGACGCUGGCGGACCGGCUGCUGGAGCUUACAGGUACGAUUCCCAUGGAGGGCGAAUCUGGGGUGAACCGCCAGGUGCUGGACUCGCUCAAGGUGGAGCGUGAGCGGGGUAUCACCGUUAAGAGCCAAGCAGUCAGCAUGAUCUAUGCCGACCGACGCUCUCAAGGUCGCGAGUACCUGCUUAAUCUCAUCGACACGCCUGGUCACGUCGACUUUGCUUACGAAGUGAGCCGGAGCCUGAGCGCCUGCCAGAUGGCAUUGCUCGUCGUCGAUGCGACCCAGGGGAUUCAGUCACAGACACUCUCCGUUUUUCGGAUCGCAGUGGCAAGAGGCUUGCGAAUUAUCCCUAUCAUCAACAAGAUCGACCUGCCCAAUGCCAACACCGACGCCGUGCUUGCCCAGCUCGAGUCCAGGUUGGGCCUGGACUGUAUGCCGGGUGGGCAAGAUGAGGCAAUUCUCGUCAGCGCAAAGACGGGAAUGGGAGUUGAAGCAGUCUUGCAGCGCAUCGUCGAUGUCGGUUUCGACACGUCCGCUGCUGCUGCUUCUUCUCCCCCUUCUGCUGCCCUCGCUCCUCGUACAAAGACGACCGCAAAACGAGGCGAAGGAGAAAAGCUGCGCGCCCUCGUGUUCGACAGCUGGUACGACUCGUACCGCGGCGUCAUUGCCCUCGUAUCUGUGCACGAUGGUGUGCUGAAGACGGGCGAUAAGCUGGCCUUUUCGCAUUCCAAGAAAAAGUACGAGGUGCUCGAUGCGGGAGUGAACAGUCCCACCGGUAUUUCAACAGGGCUUCUCUGUCAAGGCCAGGUCGGCUGGGUGGUCUGCAACAUGAAGUCCUUGACAGAAGCAUCCAUCGGCGACACGCUGCACCAUGCCAAUACCCAUGUAGAGCCCUUGGCUGGCUUCAAGCCCUCGGUGCCGAUGGUCUACUGCGCCGCCUUUCCCGUCGAGUCGUCCGACUUUCCCAAGUUAGAAGCAGCUAUUCAGCGCCUAGCCCUCAACGACCGCAGCGUCACCUACGCUCGCGAAUCGAGCAACGCGUUGGGGCAGGGCAUCAAGCUCGGCCUGCUCGGCGCGCUGCACCUCGAGAUCUUUAGGGCAAGGCUCGAGGAUGAGUACGAGCAAACGAUUCUCGUCACUGCUCCCUCGGUUGCGUAUCGCUUGGUGCACCAGGACGGCUCAUCGCGCAUCAUUUCCAACCCACUCGACUUUCCAGACCACGUUGCUUCGAGAAUAGGAACAAAGGGAGGAGGAAAGAACGUGGUAGAGGUGCAAGAGCCGAUGGUGCUCGGGACGCUCACUUGCCCUGAAGAACACGUUGGCGCGAUGAUGCAGCUCUGCGCGGACAGACGCGGGACCGAGGUGGACGUCUCGUUCGAUGAAGAGGGGGGCGCUGCUACCACAAGCAUGGUGGGCGGCGACCUGGAUGGGCAACAGCAGCAGCAGCAGCAGCAGCAGAGGAUCGUGACAAUGAAGUACCGUCUGCCGCUUGGUGAGAUUGUGACGGACUUCUUCGGCCUCGUCAAGAGCAAGACGGCUGGGUUUGCCACAUUUGAGUACGAGGACCUCGUUGAAGGGCAGGGUCGCGCCGAGGGCAUCGAUGCAGAGGAGGACGGGUGGGAGAGGAGCGACGUCGUCAAGCUCACGUUUCUCAUCAGCGGCACGCCCAUCGAUGCGCUGUGCCAGGUCGUGCAUCGCUCCAAGGCCGUCUACGUCGCACGACAGUGGGCCCAGAAGAUCAAGGACGUCGUGCCGAGGCAGCAGUACGACGUCGUGGUGCAGGCCUGCGUGGGGGGCAAGGUCGUGGCCGCUGAGAAGAAGGGCGCAUACCGAAAGGAUGUCCUGCAAGGCAUCUAUGGCGGACACUACGACCGCAAGGCCAAGCUGCUGGGCAAGCAAAAGGAGGGCAAAAAGCGGCUGAGAUCGAUGAGCUUCGGCAGGGUGCAGAUCCCGCAAGAGUCCUUUAUGGAGAUUCUCGAUUCCAAGUCGUCGGGCUCUUCCAAGACGAACAAGUAA